AUGCGUAAACUGAACGUAUUAAUUGUUCUGCUAGCAGUGUUUGUGUUGGCAAUAUCUCCCAUUUUCACAAGUGGUACAUUGGUGCCUUUUGAUUCAUGCGCGAAUUCUGAAGCGACAUACAAUGUUUCGAAAGUGGACUCUGUGUUUGAUCAGUCGUCAAAUACUUUGAAUUUUACUAUAACGGGAUACUCGUCAACACGAAUAGCUGGUUUUAAUCCACAGUAUAAUGCGACUGCAUUUCUCACGACUAGUGUGUUGAAUACAAAUAUAAAUAAUGUCAAAGAUAAUUUAUGUAGUUUUAUCGAUGGUAAUUGUCCCUUUGGUCCAGGUCUUGUUGUCAUUAGAAAGUCGAUUAAACUUGGUCGAUCAAUACCGUUAUCAACGCUGACCACAACUUUCAAAGGUCUGGAUGAAAGUACCAAACAAGUGACGUGCCUAACAUUCAACAUCAGUCCACAAUAUAAAUAUUACAGGAACAUUUUCACUUAUAUACCGGUAGCAAUUACUGCAUUCACUUUAUUCGUGAAUGUUCUUGGCAGUUUUUUCAAUCCAACAAAAUUUUCCACAAAUAUUUUCGAAAUCUCCAGUUAUUAUGGACUGGAUACGCAAGGAUAUCGAUUGAGGACUCCGACGGUAUUUGAUGUGAUAUUUUACACACAAUUUGCCGUCUCGACAGCUGAAUUAGGAUUAAAUUAUCCGGGUUAUUAUCAACCUUUUAUGAGUCACUUUGGAUGGGCGAGUCUUGUAUUUAAUCAUUCAACUUUAAUCGAUUUUUCUGGUGGUAACAGACCAUUUCUUGAUGACAAUGCCGAGUCAGCAAUUGUCGAUAAUGAUUUAUUGUCUCAUUCUGCUAAUGCAAGUCAUACCAUCAUGGCAAUUCCUACUUCUAUGAAUCAAAAAAGAAAUAUAAUCCCCAAAAAAAGGCAAGAAGGAGGAAGUGUUCAAUGUUCUUCUUCGAAUCCUUGUCCUUCUGAUCAAUGUUGCAGCUCGGCUGGAUUUUGUGGGACAGGACCUUUAUAUUGUAACCCUACGAUAACAGUUACGUCAACUAGAACAACUACUCCCACCUCAACCGCCGAUAGUUCAUCAUCAUCUGCUAUUUAUAAUUCAUAUCUUCCCGAUAAUUUUAUGGUUUACGAUAACACUUCGUUAGUAUUGGAAAAAUUUAAAGGAAUGGGAAAUUACGCGGUAAUGGUUGGCAUUGCACCUCAAGAUAUUUUUCUCGAGACUAUAAUACUUGCAUUGAUUAUUAUUGCCAUAGUGGCAUUAAUAUCUGCCAUUAUAUGGGGUACUUGGAGAUCAGUGAAAAAUAAAAAUAAAUUUAUUGAUGGAUCAAAUGAGGGAUUGUCGUUUCUAUUGGGAAAUAUGCUACGAUUCUUUUUUUUAUUUUAUUUUCCAAUAUUAUCGACUGCGUUCUAUCAAGUUAUCAUUCACGAAUAUAAUCCUUGGUAUGUUGUAUCGAUAGCGGUGGUAAUUAUCGUACUGUGUAUCGUCUUGCCCAUUGUCAUCACAGUCCUUAUAUAUCGAGUCUCACCACAUAUGUAUCUAUUGAAUGACAUGUCAUAUCGACUGAAAUACGGACCGCUUUACAACACUCUCAAAGAACGCGGACUAAUGUUUUUCAUAAUCUUUUUAACUUAUAAUUUCAUGCGUGGAGUGAUCGUUGGUGCAGGACAAGAAAGUGGAUUAACGCAAACGAUUGUAUUGGUGAUACUUGAACUUUUACUAUUAAUAAUUGUGAUUUCAAGGUUUCCCUUCUUGGAAGGAACUCGAAUCAAUCUAAUUAAUAUUGCGCUCGGGAUUAUUCGAACAGUUAUCUCGGGAUUCUUGUUGUUCUUUAUAAGUUCAUUGGAGAUUAGCGAAGUGGGUCGACAAAUUGUCGGGUAUAUCAUUAUAUUCUUUCAUGGUCUCGCGUACCUCAUCUUAACUCUUUUCACGAUAAGAAAUUUGUUGGAGUUGAUGUUCCGAUGGUGUGCUGAGACAGCAGGAGGAAUAAGACAAUUAAAAUUACGAAUGGGAUUUUAUAAUAAUAAUUAUUAUCCUGAACAUGAUGGUGAAAUUGAGAAAGAAUCAAGAAAUAGUGGAACACAAUUGAAGACUUAUCGUGGAUCAUAUAUACCACCUGCUUCAAUGCCAAUGAAUGGAAAUUAUGACAAUGCAGCAAACGGAGGCGCCGGAGCUGUAAGACAUGAUAGUUUUCCAAGUGGAACUGAUGAAUAUGAAACUUAUACCGAAGAAAGCAGUGGAACACUCACAGGAAUACCAUAUGUUGAUCCAAAUGGACCAUCAAUGUCAAAUUAUGCAGUCGGGGGAGAUCAAUAUCGACAGCCAUCAUCAAGAGCAACAAUAAUUCGAAAUAUAAAUGCUGCAAGAACUCAAGGAAGUGUUGGUUCUCCAUUCGGAUUCGAAGAAAGAGGAUACACAGCACAGACACCAACAGCGAUUUCAAAUACAGCAGUAUCAACAUCAGAUCCUAAUAUUUCAUUAGCAUAUCGUGAUGCAACAAACCCUUACUUUAAUAAUAGUGAUUCAAUUCAACAACCUUCAUCAGCACAUGAUUCCGCUGGUUCGGGGCCAAGAACUAAUAAUAGCAUUAAUAGUAAUUAUACUGAUCAAUCAAGAGCAGGAAUGACACCGUCACCAGCAGACCCGCCACAAAGAUUUCGGGGAAGCACAACAGAAAGUAGGCGUAGUAGUGAAUCAGAACCAUCGAACAAUUUUGGAGGAUUCUUAGUUUCUGGUGUGAAAAAAUUCUUUAAAAAGAACAAAAAGAAAAAAGGAUCAAAUGAUGCACCCUCUUUCUGGGUAAAAAGAACAGGAACUGGCAGAACUACGGCUUCAAUAACGGAUAGUGAACUAGAAAGAGCAGUACAGGAGUCACGAGGGCGUGGUAAAUUAGUAGUGUUAAAUCCAGAUCCAGCUGGACACAGCGAAUUUGGUGAUAGUGUUGUCGAUCUCACUAGUAAUUCCAUUUUAGGAGGUGUUGCUGGCGGUGACAGUGGAAAUGCAAGUAAUACUAUUAAUGCCGGUACCACCACCACAACUAAUACCAAAGAUGAAUCGAAUGGAAGUGUUUACUCGGUAUUUGAAGGAAGUGACAAUGGUGACUAUGAAUUAUCGAAACAGUCAGCUCGCGAUUCAACAAUAGAUACGUUGCCAAUUGAAGAGCUUAGUGGUGUUGAAGGUUCUAGUAUUGGAGGUAAUGAUGAUGGUACUAGUCCAUUAGUAAAUCCACGAACUGACGAUAGUAAUCGAGGCGGAAGCAGUCCGAUGGAUUUAGUAUUGCGGAGACUUAGGGACUCGAAAGAAUCUGAUGAUUAA